AUGCGCAUCACUUCCAUUCCAAUCGUGAUCACUUUGGCGUUGAGCCUUGUCCAUGCGAAUGUCGCUACCGACAACAAGCUGCCUCGAGGAGUCGCACCCUCGAGGGCCAAGGUGUAUACUCCGGAUACGAAGGGACAAUUUGCGUGUCUGGAUGGAUCAAAGACGAUUCCUUUCACGGCCGUCAACGACGACUACUGCGACUGCCCCGAUGGAUCGGAUGAGCCAGGCACGGCUGCGUGUGGAACAGGGUACUUUUACUGCUCAAACAUCGGGCACACCCCAGCUUACAUCAAAACCUCGCGACUCAACGACGGCGUCUGUGAUCCUGAGUGCUGUGAUGGCUCGGACGAGUUCGAUGGUCAGACACACUGUCCCAAUGUCUGUGAGCAGGUCGGAGCCGCAUCUCGAAUGGAACGCGAGAAGCUGGAGAAGAUUUACGAGGAGGGGAACAGGAUCAGGAAGGAGUAUGUUGCGUAUGGACAGAGUUCCAAGACGAAACUGAAGGAGCAGCUCGAUAAACUCCAGGCGGCUUCGGUGUCUGUCAAGGAGGCUGCUGCUGAUGCCAAGGCUACACUUGAUGCUGCAAACGCAAAGUUGAAGGAAUAUCUGGAAAGCACCAAAUUGGAGCGGGAGGCAGCACGCGAACGCCAGCUGGCCCCUUUGAUAGAGCAACAAACCCAAAGAGCCGAACACGCCAACAAGAUCAAGAGCCUCUUCCGCACAACACUGGAUGACCUCAAGGAGAACCACAACAAGAACUUCCACGAUAUGGCUGUCAAGUCUACCAUUUCUGGAUACGAUGAGUAUUUGGAGGAGCUCAAGAAGCAAGAAGAGGAUGAGAAGAACAGCGAUACCAACAACAAGGAGGAGAAGGAGAAGGCGCGGUCUGCAUUGGAACGUAUGCACGCCGCACAGGACGCGACAUAUGACGCCAAGAAGGAUAUUGGGCUCAUGUUCGGGCUGAUCAAGGAAAUGAAGGAAAAGUACAACACCGAGUACAACGACGAGGCUGUCCUGAAGGCGAUCAAGGUUCUGGACGAAUUUGCGCCCACCUGGGAUGAUAGUUCCAACGACUUUGUUGGCGAGGAGUUUAUUGAGAUCCCAGAUGAGGAUGCAAGCGACAAGAAGGAGGAAGUCAAGCCAGAAGAUAAAGGAGCUCUUGGCGAAGUGUACAACCGACUCCAGAAGGGCUUCAGCAAGAUCGGACUUGGCUUCUUGUUCAAGGGAUCCAAAGUCAGCAAGAGCGAGGUCGAAAUUGCACAGGAGGCAUACAACAAGGCAUCGGAGGAGGAGAGGAAAUCCCUGGAGGAGAUUCAGAAGCUAGAGAAGAAUGUCAACACGGAUUACGGACCCGAUGAGGCCUUCGCCAAGCUGGUCGAUCGGUGCAUUGAGUACACAUACACGGUUUGCCUGUUUGGUGAGGCGAAGCAAAAGUCGCACUCAGACACAUCACUCGGCACUUUCUCGAGCUGGGAGGGAGACAACUACGACACACAACUGUACACUGGAGGAGCCAGGUGCUGGAACGGACCCGAGCGAUCUGUCAAGGUGAUUAUGACAUGCGGGACGGAGAAUAAGAUCGUGGCGGUGUCUGAGCCUUCCAAAUGCGAAUACCUGUACAAGAUGGAGACACCAGCUGUCUGCCGCGAUCUCUCGGAGGAUGCCAAGAACGGCAGCAACAGCAACCUGCGUGAGGCGGUAUAUCCCGGCGAGAAGAAGCAUGAUGAACUGUAG